AUGAAUUCUACCGUUGCAUCGGAAUACUCCUCUGAAGUCCACAGAGAACCAAUUGAGCACAGAUUUAACCCAUACUCUGAUAAUGGUGGUACGAUCUUAGGUAUCUCUGGCGAGGACUUUGCUGUUUUGGCGGGUGACACCAGACACACCUCGGGUUACAGCAUCAACUCCAGAUAUGAACCAAAGGUGUUUGAUGCUGGUGACAACAUUGUAAUCUCGGCCAACGGCUUUGCGGCAGAUGGUAACGCUUUGGUCAACAGAUUUAAGAACCAAUUGAAGUGGUACCACUUUGACCACAACAAAAACUUAUCUAUACAGUCUGCGGCCAGAUUCAUCCAACACUUACUAUAUGGCAAGAGGUUCUUCCCGUACUACGUUCACACAAUUAUCGCUGGUUUAGAUGAGGAAGGCAAAGGUGCCGUGUACUCUUUUGACCCAGUUGGUUCGUACGAGAGAGAACAGUGCCGUGCCGGUGGUGCUGCUGCCAGUUUGAUCAUGCCGUUCCUUGACAACCAAGUCAACUUCAAGAACCAGAUGGACCCUUCCUCCAACGGUACCCAGAAGAAGGAAUUGAAGUACUUGUCGUUGGACGAAGUUUUGUGCUUGGUUAAGGACGCUUUCAGUUCCGCUACCGAGAGACACAUUCAUGUCGGUGAUGGAUUGGAGAUUUUGAUUGUGACGAAGGAAGGAGUCAGAACCGAGUAUUACUCGUUGAAGAAGGAUUAG